AUGGCGGACGGCCGUAAAAUUAUUAUUAGCGAACUUUUAUGGUUUUUCAACCGUUAUAGCGAUAAAUUUAAUGAUAAUGAUAAAUUUAAGAGUUCCGUUAUAAGUUUUUAUACCGCAGCUGAAUUUCAAGAUGCUCACAAAGUUCUACUUUAUGAACUUGAGACUUUAAAGAAAGAAAAGGUCAAAUUAUCUUCCAAAGGUAACACAAGAGCAGAAAAAGCAAAUGACAUAAUUGAAAUGUUCAACCUGACGUCUUCGGAAAAAAUCAGAGAUAAUUUGCCGUUGUUUGCUGUUAUUGCAAUUGAACGUCUGCCCAAUGAUAGUUGUCAAUUUGACUCUAUAAGCUUAGUUGAUAAAUUUUCUAAAAUUGAAAAAAUAAUAGAUGACAAUAAUAAUAUAUGCAAAAAAAUAUGGUCUAGCUCUUUAAAAAAUAACAAUAAUAAUAUGGUUACAAAUAAUAGCCAUAGGUAUGCAAGUAGUGUGAAAUUUGGCACUUCAAAGUCUAACUCUACACAGCCCUCUAGACCACCCAGUUCAGCAAUAACCACUGAAUGGGGCUCUGAUACUAACUUAAUAAAUGAUGAUAAUUUCAACAAGAAACCUGCUAACCCUAACCCUAACAAUAAUACAAAUGAUGAUAAUAUAAAAAUUAACUCACAGUCAGAUGACAGUGAUAAUGAUUUUAAAACUGUUGUUAAUAAAAACAAAAAAAGAAAACUAACCAAUAUGUACACCACAGCAGUAAAAAGUAAUAUCAGAAAAUGUUCAGGCAAAUCAAAACUUGAUUUGGGGUUUGCAGCUAAUGAUCCCCCAAUCAAAAAAUCCAUUCUUUAUGUGGGCAAUCUCACUUUCUGUAAGACUGAAGUUAUUGCAAAACAUUUGGAAAAGGCUGGCUUUGAUCUCAUAUCAUUACAUCCCAUUAAGAAAAAAGAAAAAGAUAGUGUUAGUAACAAUGAAAAUAUUGAUGGUAGUACUUCAUUUCGCUUGUGCUUGCCGCUAGACCAAAGUUCCAAAAUUUUUGACGAUGAUUUAUGGCCCAUGAACACCGUAGUGCGGGAUUGGACAUUUCAGGAUAAACCCCAAACUGUUUAA